AUGGGCCAGGACGGUGACGCGGCUAGCGUAGCUGCCGAACCACGCGGCACGCUCACAGUCGAGCAGCUGAAGUCGCAUCCCACCUUCACUGCUCUGGCCAACGCAGUCGCGGGAGCGACUUGUACGCUGCUCCUACAGCCGAUUGCUUCUCUGCGGACACGUCUGCAAUCUCUGAACAUAUACGACCAUGGAAUACAGGGAGGAAAUCGCAGCAAGUUCGCCGCCAUGCUCAGGUUGAGCUGGAGAGACGGCAUAUUGAGGCUUUAUCGAGGCGGAGGAUGCUCGAUGGUUAUUUCGGGCGCCGGCUGGUUUCUCUUCCGAUACAGCUUCGACAUGAUAUCGCAUUCAAAAAUCGUAGAUUUCGACAACAAAAACGCAACCAAGCUCGUGAAUGGGUCGCUAAGCAGCCUGAUCACCACCGCCGUGCUGCACCCGGCGUGGAACGCGAAGCUCAACAUGGAGUUGCAGACCAGCAGCACCAUGGUUGACGGAUGGCCGCAGUACCGGGGCGCCACGCACUACCUCCUGAGCACGUUCAAAAACGAGGGCUUGCCAGGCCUAUACAAGGGGUGGGAGGCGAACCUCAUCGGGGUGGUGUAUUACGGCAUGGUCAUCUGCGUGUACGAGUCGCUCGCCGAGGUCGACUGGCAGCAGCACCGGUUCCUGGAGAGCGUGCAGUACGCGAAGCCCAUAGCGAACGGCAUGAUAGCCAGGAUCAUACCGACCACCUUGUGCUACCCGGUUUACGUCAGCCGGACCAUGCAGCAGUGUUUCGCAACGGAACUCUCGCAUCGGUCGCUGUUCCAGGUCUUCGCCUGGACGCUGCGCAACAAGAGGCUCAGGGGGCUGUACGCCGGGUUCCAGAUGCAGCUCGCCAAGUCAGUAAUCAGCGGAGGCAUCACGUUCGGCAUCUACGAGGCGCUCCUGGCGUCGGCAGCGCGCUGCUACAAUUUUAUACACGGUUGA